GUAUUUACCAGUUCAGAGUUCCUGAGUCGGCAAAGUCCGGUACUUCAGUCGGGAGAAUCGUAGCCACCGACAGAGACAUCGGGAAGAACGCUGAGAUGUUUUUCACCAUCGUCAGCGGGGACGGCAUGGACAUGUUCCACAUCUCCACGGACAAGGACACCCAGGAUGGGGUCAUCAGCGUCGGCAAGCCUCUGCAGCCUCUGGACUUCGAGAAGAAGCCAUCCUACACGGUGGAGAUCCAGGUCCGGAACACGCAGGUGGAUCCCCGCUUCAUGUCGGCGGGCUCCAAAGACAUGGCCACGGUCCGGAUCGCCGUGGAAGACGUGGACGAGCCGCCGCUGUUUUACAAAGCCAGCUACCUGAUGGAGGUGAAGGAGGAUGCUGCAGUGGGCGUGGCCGUGGGCUCCGUCAGCGCCAUGGACCCCGACGGAGCGCGCAGCAUGGUCAAGUACUCCAUCGACCGGCGCACUGACAUGGACCGCCUGUUCAACGUCCACCCAGGGAACGGUUCUGUGUUCCUGCUCAGAACCCUGGACCGGGAGGAGAGCGCCUGGCACAACAUCUCCGUCACCGCAACGGAGUUCAAUAACCCUCGUCAGAGCAGCCAUGUUCCCGUCUACAUCCGACUGCUGGACAUCAACGACAACGCCCCCACCUUCGCCACCAUUUACGAAACCUUCGUCUGUGAGAGGACCAAGGCUGGCCAGCGGAUCCAGACAGUGAGUGCUGUGGAUGCAGAUGAACCGUCGACGGGACACAAGUUUUUCUUCAGUCUGGCUCCUGAAGGGACGCACCGUAGCAACUUCACCGUCCGAGACAACGGAGUCACAUCAAUCGUCCAGCAGUGUUUCCACAGACAGACACGCUGA